AUGCUAGCUGUUGUUCCAGCCAAUGUGGAUAUUGCCACGCAAGAGAUCAUAGAAAUGGCCAGGGAACUGGACUCCGACGGAUUAAGGACGUUACGAAUCGUCACAAAACCCGAUUUAGUGGACAAAGGAGCAGAGGAAAAGAUCAUUGACAUAGUCGAAGGGAAACAAGAGUCACAAGAAUUAGGCUGGGUGGUAGUAAGGAACCUCGGUCAGAAGGACCUUCAAGACUCUUCAAAGAACCGUGACAUUGAAGAACAGAUUCUCAGCCAUUCACCACCUUGGAACCGCCUCUCAAAAGAUAAUUUUGGGAUCGAGGCCCUGAGGGCCCGAUUGCAAGCACUUUUAGCCUCCAACGUGCGGCGAGAAUUUCCCUCGGUGCGAUCUGAAGUUUCUAAACGCCUCAAAGCAUGCAAGAAGGCUUUGGAGAGCAUGGGAGAAGAGCGUGAAUCAACUGAACAACAGAGUAAAUACUUACUUGAGAUUGUGUCAAAAUUCAAGCAAAUCACCGAAAAUGCCCUGCAAACAAACUAUGGAUCACAAGACGCUUUUGAUGAUGAGCCUGACUUACGCUUGGCAACCGUGGUUGCUAACCGCAAUGCUCUAUUUUCAGAUGAAAUCUCUACUAGGGGUCACACUUUUGCCUUCAUGUCACAUAAUCAUGACGACGAUUCGGACACUCCACGUUCAGGCAAAGCAGUUUCACCGACGAGCUCUGUCCGCGCGCAGACAGGUCACCUGGAUGAUGACGACGAUGACGAAGACGAGCGCAAUUCAAUUCCCAGCAGAAAAGUCAAGAGUUGCAGUGAUAUUGAGGACAUAUUACACGACUGCAUUUCUAAACAGUCCUCAAAAUGGCCAUCACUGGCCGAGGGUUACGUUUGUGAUAUCAUAUCCAUGGUCCAUAACUUUAUCAAAAAGGCAUUGGUCGUUUCCUGUGCAGAUAGAGCACUGAGUCAAACUAUCCUGUUAUUCUUGCUGGAUGAUCUUAUCGAAAAAUAUCGACAAGCUCUUUCAACGACGAACUUUCUUCUAAGAAUUGAAAGAGAAGGUACGCCAAUGACACAGAAUCAUUACUUGAAUAGCAACUUGCAAAAAUGUCGGCAGGAACGCAUUUCCUCUGAAGCGACGAAGUCAUGUUUUUCAGUGAAAUAUGAGAAUGGUUCAGCAGUGGGGUGUGUUAAACUUGCAGAUUUGACCCAAAUUCAUCAUACGAACAACUUGCAACAUACUGUUGAAGACAUCCACGACAUACUGAAAUCGUACUACAAGGUUGCUCGGAAAAGGUUCAUUGACAACGUAUGCAUGCAAGCAGCGGACUUCUAUCUUGUUACUGGACCAGAAGCUCCAUUGAAUUUGUUUUCUCCCUCUUGGGUCUACACACUGUCACCCGAGCAGUUGGAAAAUAUUGCGGGAGAGGAGGCUUCUGCAACUUUGGACGUACUUUUACACGAACAUAUUCCUCCCCAGAACACAUACUAG